AUGCCAUUGCGACUCACCUCAGCCCCCGUCUCCGGAAUCAAGAAACGCAAAUCUACAUCUACAACCACCCGCGCACGCUCCUCCCCCUUCGCCGCCCAUCCGCGCACGAAACUCCGCUCCAACACCGAUGACACCGCCAAAGAUGCCACGCCCCUCGAAGAUGAAGACUUCGACCUCCCGGACCUUGGCCUCUCGCAACACAUCCUCUCCACAACCUCCGCGACAACCGUCCUCGAAGCCAUCCACCACAUUCGCAACACAAUGUUCGACGACCUCCCCGCAACGCGCACGGGUAUGAACAGUACCCGCAUCGCGGAGGUGUUGAAUUUUAGACGCUCGCUGCCGCCGCUGGUUUCGGUGGCGCAUGUGCAUACGUUGCUUGAUGCGCCGACGAGGACGGAGCGGGAGAUUGUGGAGUUGGUGACGGCGGGGAAGGUCAGGAGGUUGAUUGUCCCUGGACGCGGGAAUGAUGCAGCCGGGUUGGGGGAUUGUCUUGUGCUGAGGGAGGAGUGGGAGGGGUUGCUGAGGGGUAGUAGUUUGGAGGAGGGGUUGAAGGAAAAAUUUCUCUCCGUGCUUAACCACAUCGGUACAUCCUCCGCCAUCGCCCCCGGCGUUUUCACCCCCAACGAAUACCAAGCAUUAGUCCGCGCUGGAUUCCUCGUCUCCUCGUCAUCCUUAGCAAACGGCUCCUUAAGCGUAGCAUCCCUCCCAGACCUCCCUUCUUCUACAUUCAUACCGGCAAGUCGAGCCGACCAACCUCAGCCCCAGUCCCAUCCGCAAUCCCAGCCCAAUAACAACAGCAACAACCGCUUCCACACAGCAACCCUCUUCCUCUCCCUCCCCAACACAGGCCCCUACCUCCGCCUCCUCAGCACCAGCCGCACGCACCUCCUCACCCUCCUCAAGAAGUCCGCCCACCGCGAAGCGCCCCUCUAUCUCCUCCGCGACCGCUGGGAUGGCGCCGUGGAAACGGACAAGAGCUUCCAUGCCGCGAAGCGCGCGAGGGGCGAGUUUGCGGGGAUUCUGCCGGGGCGGACGAGGAAGUGGAAGGAGUUGUAUGGGAUGAGGUUUCGGUGGGUGUUGGAGCAGGCGGUCGGGGCGGGUCUGGUGGAGGUUUUUGAGACGGGGAGUGUUGGGCCGGGUGUGCGUUGUCUAUAA